GAGGGGCAUCCAACUAUAGAAGUACGACAGAGAGAACGGGCGUGAAUCGAAUCUUAUCUUCACAAUCAAAUUCCCACUCAACUGAGAGAUUAACAACCAAACCUCUGAGAUUUUGAUUUGUUGGUUUAUCCAUGGCUCUGUUCCGAGGUCACAAGGCCUCCCUUUCCAAAUAUACUACCUCUCCUCAUCCAUAUAGCUAUCAUGUGUUCUUGAGUUUUAGAGGUGAGGACACCCGAAAGAACUUCACUGAUCACCUCUACACAGCCCUUGUCAACGCCGGAUUUCAUACUUUCCGGGAUGACCCUGAACUCGAAAGAGGUGAAAAUAUCAAGGAAAAGCUUGGGAAAGCCAUUCAACAGUCACAAAGUUCUGUCAUUGUGUUUUCGAAAGACUACACCUCUUCCAGAUGGUGUCUGGACGAGCUUGUGAUGAUCCUUGAACGCAAGAGGACCUCCGAUCAUGUUGUUUUACCAGUCUUCUACGACGUUGAUCCAUCUCAAGUGAGGAAGCAGGCAGAAGCUCUUGCAAAGGUUCCUAAAUACCAAGAAAAUCAAUCGUCGGAGAGGUUGAAUGGAUGGCGGGCAGCACUUAGAGAAGUCGCAGAUCUAGCUGGAAUGGUUUUAGAAAAUGAAGCUGACGGGCACGAAUCAAAGUUCAUCCAAAAUAUCAUUAGAGUGAUCCAAGACAAACUAGGUCGUCGUGUGCCCCUGACCGAAGUCCAGGAGGUGUUACAGAAGAAGUUGUUGUUUAUUAACCCUGUUCUCGAUGACGCCGAGGGGAAGCAACUGAACAACCCAACAGUGAUGGCAUGGCUCAAUGAGCUUAAAGACGCAGUCUAUGAUACUGAGGACCUAUUGCAGGAGAUCAAGACAGAAGUAUUAAGGCGAAAGAUGGAACCUGAAUCUGGAACUAGCACGAGUAAGGUACAAGAUCUGAUCUCUACUCCUCCAUCUCAUGUUUUUGACUUGGCAUUAAUAUGCCCCAGGGUAGAGGAAGUUCUUAAUAGACUAGACUCCAUUAUGGAGCAGAGAAGAGAUGUCUUGGGUAUAGAAGCAAGUGCUGGAUACAGUGCAUCACAAACAAUACCGUCAACUUCUUUGGUCGAAGAGUUUGGUGUGUAUGGCAGGGAUGAUGAGAAGGAGACACUAAUGAAAUUGUUGCUAUCAGACGAUCAGAGUGGCAAUAAGAUAAGUGUGAUUCCUGUUGUGGGGAUGGGUGGGAUUGGAAAGACCACCCUUGCCCAGUUUUUAUACAAUGAUGACAGAGUCAAACGGCAUUUUGACCUCCAAGCAUGGGCAUGUGUUUCUGAAAAAUUUGAUGUCCUUCGGAUCUCACAACAAAUUUAUGAGUCCGUUACUUCAGAUGCUUGCUUCAUUAUGAACUUAGAUCUGCUUCAGUCAAAAUUGAAGGCUGCUUUGAUGGGGAAAAGGAUUUUCCUUGUUCUUGAUGACUUGUGGAAUAAAAAUUACACUGAAUGGGAUGUUUUAAGGCGUCCAUUUCAAUUUGGAGCACAUGGAAGUAAGAUUAUUGUCACAACACGCAAUCAAGAUGUUGCAUGCAUGGUGUGUACUCUUGAAGCUCACCGUCUCAGGCCGAUGUCUGAGGAAGAUGGCUGGUUGCUAUUUGAAAAACAUGCCUUCAAAAAUGCAGGUGUUGGUGCAUACUUACAUCUUGAAGAAAUCGGUAGACAAAUUGUUCGAAAGUGCAAUGGUCUUCCUUUGGCUAUUAAGUCUCUUGGGGGUCUCUUAUGUUCUAAAUUAACCGUGGGGGAAUGGGAGAGUAUAUUGAACAGUGAGAUGUGGGAGUUGCCACAGGAGGAGAGUGACAUUCUGCCAUCUCUUUGGUUGAGCUAUAAGCAUCUGCCUGCACAUCUCAAGUGUUGUUUUGCGUAUUGUUCGAUAUUUCCCAAGAACUAUGCGUUCGAAACAUCAAAAUUGGUUUUGUUGUGGAAGGCUGUAGAUCUAUUGCAACCUAACAAAAACAAAAUGGCAGAAGAAACCGGAAAAGACUACAUCAAUGAUCUAUACUCAAGGUCUUUUUUUCAAUUUUCAUCAAGAGAGGGUCAUCAAACUUUCACCAUGCAUGACCUUAUAAAUGAUUUAGCAAACUUUGUAUCCACAGAAUUUUUUUUUAGGUGGGAGGGCAGUGAUUCAGCCAACAUUUUGAGCAAGACUCGUCAUUUUUCAUAUAUGCUGGAAUAUUAUGAUGAGGCUGAUGGCUUAGAGAUGUUUGAGGCUUUACAGCAAGCUAAAAGUUUGCGCACCUUUCUACCAUUACAAUGUUCAAGUUAUGAGAGGUCGAAACUGUUGGGGAAAGGACUUGAGUUAUUGUCAAAAUUACAAUAUUUAAGAGCGCUCACGUUAUCAGGGCACGAUACUGAAGAAUUGCCUGAUUCAAUUAACAACUUGAAACAACUUAGGUACUUGGACUUGUCUUCGACACCAAUCAAAAAGUUACCUGAUAGAAUUUGUACUCUGUAUAACUUGCAAGUGUUGUUGUUGUCACAUUGUUCUGCUCUUACUGAACUGCCAGCCAACUUGGGAAGAUUGAUCAACUUGAGCCAUCUGGAUACUUUUGCUACAAAAAGGUUAAAGAAGAUGCCCCCUCUUAUGGGCGAUUUGAAAGACCUCCAGAUUUUAACCGUAUUUGUGGUAGACAAGCACACUGCAAGGGAUAAUUUGCUAGAGUUGAAGAAGCUUCAAAAUUUGCGCAGAGGACUUUGUAUUUCAGGGCUUGGUGAUGUCGUGCAUGGCAGCGCUUUGGAGGCCCACAUUCUGAGGGACAAGAAGUUUCUUAGUGUUCUAGUUUUGAAUUGGGGAGGAAGGCAUGUUAGUGAACUAGGCAAUAAUACUGUAGACGAUAUAGAAGUGCUUGAGAAGCUCCAACCUCACCCAAACCUAGAAAGGCUUACAGUUAGAGAUUAUGGAGGCAGAUUCUUUCCAGGUUGGUCAGGAUAUUAUACUUCCUUGCUACCAAGAAAAGCUCUAGUUUAUCUUGAGCUUGUUGAUUGUGUGAAUUGUGUCUCCUUGCCACCAUUGGGACAGCUACCUUGCCUCAGAGAGCUUGAUAUUUCUGGGUUACAUGGAGUGCUGUCCAUUGGUUCCGAGUUUUAUUAUGGUGACAAAACUAGUGCAAACAAACCAUUUAGCUCUCUACAAUCAUUGAGAUUCUAUGAUAUGAGCGGGUGGCAAGAAUGGUGUCAUGUUGGAGGUGAGGAGGAUGAAGGUGGGGUUUUUCCUAGUCUUAUUUACCUUGAUGUAUCAGACUGUCCUAAUCUUUCCGGGAGAUUAGCGUUAGACAGCUUCCCGAUGCUAAAAGAGGUCGACUUGAUCAGGACUAACCUAUCCCUAGUCACCAGGUCACGGGACUCUAAAUUAUCCCUGAACCAGUUGCGAUUACAGUCGUGCUCAAAUAUUGUAGCUUUUCCAGCUGGAGGGUUACACGCACCCAACUUGACGGAAAUAGAAAUCAGACGAUGUGAGAAAUUGGGUUCGUUGCCGGAACAAAUGGAGACCCUUCUCCCAUCUCUUGUGUCUUUGUGUUUAUGGGAUUGCCCAGAACUGGAAUGUUUUCCGGAAGCGGGAUUCCCGUCAAAGUUAAAAUCACUUAUCAUCAUGGAAUGUAAAAAACUGAAUGCAAAGAGUAUGCAGAAUAUGAACAAAGUUCUCCGAAGACUGACCUAUCUUGAAGACCUGAGACUUGACUUCGACUGCGACGAAGAAUGUGAAAAGGUAGAUUGGUUUUCGGAGGGCCUGUUGCCCAGCACUCUCGAUUACCUCCUGAUCCACCGUCUCAAGUGUGAGGCCAUCGACGGCGCCAAAUGGUUUGGCCAUCUCAACUCUCUUCGAAGCUUGGAGAUUAGCGACUGCUCUUCGCUCCGGUGCUUGCCAGAUUGUGGGUUACCCUCGUCUCUUACUCAACUAUUUAUCCAUGGAUGUCCUUUGCUUGAAAAACGGUGCCAAAGAGAGACAGGUGAAGAUUGGCCCAAGAUUGUUCACAUCUCUAUGAUAUUGAUUGAUUGGCAUACGAUAUGACAUGCCAUGUCUCGAGAGAGGGGCCGCAUUUUCUAGUAACCGUAAUCAUCCGAUUGUCCUGGCAGUGUGAUAUCAGCUCCCUAGACAUUACAAGUUUACAUCUAUAUGCAGUGCUGCCACUAAAGCAUCUCAUAAUGUUCGUAGCUGUUGAACCCUCAUCUCAGUAACCAGUUAUGUGACCUGCUAAAGAAAACUUUGUUGCAAACAAUUUGCAGAAUGUGAAGAAGUUCUCCGAAGACCCUCCCCUCUCAGAAAAUUGUCACUUGACUUUGGCAUUGAUGAUGUGAAGAAUUGCUAGAUUCAUUUCCGGAAAGGGGCAAUUACUCAAUAAUCUCACUUAUCUCAGGAUCUACUGUCUUAAUCUUAAGACAAUGGAUAAUUUGGACGUCUCAAUUCACUUGAAACAUUGAAGAUCAUGUAUUACUCUGAGCUCGAUUUCUUGCCAUCUCACCUCUCUUUCUUCGGUACACAUCAUUAGUGCGUGUGCUUUACUGCUUUGCACAAAAAAUAGUGCCAAAUUAAGAGAGGAAGGGGAAGAUUGUCCCAAGAAUAUUGCUGAUAUCCGUAGCAUCCUAUCAAUAUGGAAAAGAUAUAAUUCAGUUGCAAUGUCUUGAGGGGUCUCAUUUCCUUUAAUCAUAAUCAUCCAAGAUUAUGUCAGGUAAUAAAUUGGUAAAGAAUAGUUUGAAAGCCAAGAAUGAACUGUUGGAAUCUUCUGAAGAAGAAGGGUUAGGUGCAAAUGUUCGAGUAGAUUUUUCAUUCUUUGAUCCAAAAGGCAAUGACUUUCAUGGAGUGAAGACCUUGCUGCAGACCUACCUUGAUGAUAAAGAGUGGGAUUUGAGUGGUUUCGUAGACUUAAUAUUGGAACAGACCACUGUAGGGUCUGUUGUUAAAAUAGAGGAUGAUGAAGAAAAUGGAAUUUUUGCUCUUGUUACCGCUCUUAACUUGGGCAGAUA